AUGAGUGGAUUCAUUAAGUGCCAGCUAUCCUUUGCAUUUGAAUCGGACGGGUCACCGUCAAUGUUAUCUAUAAGAAUCAUCAACGCAGUUGGACUGAGACAUUCACAUUCACGUAUCGCAACACACCUCCUGAGCACAAUGGGGCUACUUGGCGCGGAGCACAAACAGCAAUACGGGUCGAUGCCCACAACCAUGAACAGAUUGUGGGCAUUUAAUAUGAUUAGUUUGCUAUAUGAGUGCCCUGGUCCUGCACCACAGAUCACACGACGCAUUCUGAUAACUGAUCGGAUCACCAGAUUGCCUUCUGGCUUACUAAAAAACAAGCGUAUUGUGUGGAAAUCACAUGUAACGCAACAUGCGUUUUCACGCUGGGGUGUCAACAUAUCUCAAAAGAAAACCGAGAAUCGCGUUGAACAGUGCAAGGGGGACAGAUGGGAUCAUUGUGACAAGUGUGUCGAACGGGAUGAUCACAGUCGUGGACGCGAUUGCACGGCUGAACACAUUCUGGUCCGAUUGAACCGCAAGGCUGAGGUGGCGGUAGAACAGUGA